UCCGCAGAAAAAAAGAUAUAUGUUUUUAUUUUGUUUUGUUUUUUGUAGUAAGGGCGUGCAUUUUCAUGAAUAGUGACAAGCAGUGUGUCAGUAAUUGUCAAUAAUGCGAUAGCGAUGUAACUACCGUUCGUUAGUUCCGGCAUAACUCGGCAAAAACCGUAAAACCCACGCAGUUUAUCCGAUAGUUUGGUGAGACACAGUUGCUGAUGUGAGGCUGCCUAGGAUAUCGUAGAAUUUAAUAUUUUCAUAAAGGAAAUUAAUGUUACAAGGUUGGUGGAAGUACAAUCGAGAGGAAAUAUAAUUAACUGUCUACACUUCAUCGUAAAAACGCGAGAAGGAAGAGAACCUAAUUUAGAUUAUCAAGAUGGGAAACAAAGGCGGAAAAAUGAAAGUGUCGAAGGGGAAGGAAGAGACGAAAGAGGGGACAGAAGCGGAAAAGACCAAGACCGGAAGUGAAGAAACUAAACCAGCUGAUGGUGAAGCAGCACAGGUAACUGCUUGCGCUGAAGCUUCUGUAGAUUUGGAUGCUGACAAAACUGAGGCUAAGGCUGAACCUGAAGAGGCGACCUCAAAUGAAGGGGACAAGAAGGAAAAUGAAGUAAAAGAAACAGAAACCGUUAAACAAGACUCAGAUGAAAAUAAAGACAAUAACAAGGACACUGACAAAAAAGAAGAUAAGUCUGAAAAUGAAGCAGAAAAAGUAGCAACUGAAACAAAAGUUGAAACUGAACAAAAAACUGAAAAUGUAGCACCAGAUAACACUGAAGAUAAAGAGAAAGCCGAGUCAAAAUCGGAACCUGUAAGUGAUACAAAAUCAUUGGAAACGGAAAACAAAUCAGAAGAACCACAGGUGCAAGAAAGUAAAGAACCGGAAACAAAAGAAGACAAAGAUACACAAGAGGCAGUCGAAGAAACAAAAACAGAAGUCACAGAAACAAAAUCUGAGCCUGAAAAACAAGAACAAGAAGUACCAAAUACAAACAUUGCAGUAGUGAAACCACUUACGACAGAAGAAAGUUCAGAUGCUAAGACAACCGAUAGUUCCACGCUAGAAUCUAAAGAACCAGAAACUGUAAGUGCCGAAAAGGAAGCUGAAACAAGUGAACCAACUAGUAGUGUUGAAACUACUGAUACACUUGUUAACGGUGUCAAAACAGAAGAGAAAGAAGAAAAUGUUGCUCAGAGCAAUGAUGACAGUAAAGAAGCAGAGUCCGGAAAGGAAUCGGAAAUUAAUGAAACAGAUAAAGUUACUGAAAAGCUAGUUGAAAAUGAGAAUGUUGAAGUAAAUGGUGAGUCUACACAAGAUGAUUCAGUGAAAGAAGAAACAGAGAAAUCCGAAAGCACUGCUCAGGAGCAAACUGAAGAGUCAGAGCUGAAGGUAGCCACUGAGUUUAGAUGGGAAGGUGCAGGAGAAAGCGUGGAUGUUGGAGGAUCAUUCAAUGACUGGGGAGACAAAAUCAAGUUAGAGAAGAAAGAUGACGUGUUCGUAGUUUCCAUAGAUUUAAAGCCUGGGGAAUACACAUACAAGUACUUCGUGGAUGGGGAAUGGCAAAUUAAUACAAAUCAGCCGACACGAGCAGACGACACUGGAGUAGAAAAUAAUGUCAUAACAGUAACAAAAGGGUGAACAGCUUGGAUCAAAUAGAACAUAAACAAAAUUAAACUUUGAAAUAUAAUUCUUGAAGUAACUGUGAUCUUAAUACAUGUAAUACGCAUUAAUUAAUUACAGUAUAUAUGUUCAUUGCGUGUUGAAAUUAUGCAAUUACAUGUUGCAAUCUACUGAAGAAAUGAACUCCUUUCGUAUAUGUUACAUGUUAACUAUAGAAGUGCAAUAUUAAAAAAUUUCUGGGUAUUACGGUAGCAGAAGUCUGUUAUUUACGGCUAACCGUUUUAUUGAACUGACCAUUUGUUUUCGCUAUUUAGGUUUGAUUUUUUCAAUUUCCUACAUUUUCUGGAAAAAAUUUAUUUAAAUUACUCUUUAACUUGACAAAAAUAUAAACAGAAACAAACCAAUAGAAAAACGCACAAUUUUUGGAUAGAUCAUAGUUGAAACAACAGUGUAUCCUGUAAUUCGCCUAUGCAUAUUUCCCCAAAACAAUCUCAGACCGUAACCUUUCUAGCAGUGGUCAAAACUAACAGUACAAGAAACAGUGACAGAAUUAACUUUGUAUAGUUUCCAGUUUUAAGUAGAUAAUUUACGUGUUUUAAAGCUGCUGUUAGUAAAUACAUCUUGUAAAGGUAAUGCCAGAUACAUACAGAUUUCUAGCUUAAUGACCAAGAUUUUAUUUUGCUAUGCAAGUUAUUUAACACAUGUAUUGGUUGUUGGCAGCUUGUUGGUUCCAAGUUAAAACACGGAUUUGAAUUAAGGAAGAUUGUAUGUAAGAAUUUAUUUCAAGCGCUAACUUUUCCUGUUUGUAUCUUACUAAAUUCGUGCAGAAUAUAUUAUUAAUUAAUAUCACUUUGUAUGAAAAGAAAAAAAACAAAUAUUAAGCGAAGCCAGUCUUGUUUUUGUCUAAUCGUUGUGUAUUAUGUUUUUCCAUUGCUAUUUGUUAUAAACAUUAUUUUAUAUCUAAAGUUUUUGCAAGUGUUUUUGUCUGUACACUUGGUAAAAACGUAACAGCAGAUGCUGCAGAACAUUACAAGAGGGUGCGCUGUAUUUUCUCUUGUAUCAUCAUAAUCAUCAUAUUCUGAUAGAUCACGUGCCUUCCCUUUUUCAUCAAAUUCUCGAGAACGUUAUGCAGACCUAAUAAAACGAAAGGGCUGUGAGAAAUAGGUUAGAUAUUUAUUUUUUGCGUUGGAAUGAAGUCCGAUUUGCAAAUGUCUAGUCAAUCAUAUGGUGCAUUUAUGCAAACAGCUUGGAAAACCAUUUUGGGAAUACAUUGUAAGUGAAUUUCUUACAAAAUAUUUGGUAGGCGUUGCAGUUGAAAUGGCUCAAAGAUAUAAAAAGAACUUACAUGUAAUGCAGUAGGUUUUGACACUUUCCUGUUGUUCAAGAUUGUUUAUGAACCAACACUGAUUCAAGCGUUAGGUAACGCCACCUGGAAGCUUAAGUUCACUUGCAAGAAGCCCAUUUAUUUUGUUUGAUUGCUAAACGGGGAAGGGUAGACAGAGGGGAAAUAUUCAGUACCCUUUCACAGUACUGUCAGAUGCUGAUGUUUUGUAUUUGCAUUCAGUAAUGAAAGAGCAAUUAAUAAUUCGAGUUACUCGAUGACAUUGACAAUCUUGAUAUGAAUAAUGCUUUAAUACUGUCAAUAAUUGUGGAGUUCGGUUCCACUGGUAUGUUUGAAUUGCAGUGCACAUUUUACAUGCAAAAUGACAUAUAAAAAAACAGUAUUAAAAAUCCUCUAUCUAAGCUGUAAAUGUAGGGAUAUGGGCGCUUUUUUCUAACAAAAUAGUACGAGCAACAGUGGCUGUAGGAUUGAUUCUUUGUUGACUGGUAUACAUUCACAUUUCAUAUAUGCAUGUUCUAAUGAAAAAUUAUAAUUCAACAUUGUGCAGUAUUUCUAUCUGCAUAUCAUAUCUGUAUUAAUAUACUUGUAAACAUUUUCAAGUUAAUAAAGGUUCACUAUCUAAAA